UUAAAGAGUGAGAACUCUCUAGAUACUAUUUUUUUUUAUAAAAUAAUAAUAGAAGAGCUACAAGCCUUCUAUAAUUAUAUUAUAAAAAAUUUAAAUAAAAGAUUUAUUAUAUUAAAUUCUAUAUUUUUUAUAUUUUCUAUUUUAAUAGCUUGA